AUGGCUCCAUUAAGUCGGGAAUUGGCGGGGGUAAUACUACCUCACGAUUCUUUCGGCAACCAUCUAGAUGGAAAUGGGAAAACUGUUGAUCCAAUAUUAGAGAAGAUAAAUUUUCGUAAAGCUGGUGAGGUGUUAGCUGAAAUAUGGAGUGGUAUGGUCAUCGACAGCUACGAAGUUUUUGCAGAGUACAUUGAAGCAGAUGCUAGAGCUGAAAAUUUUGUUCCGGUCACCAUCGACAUCGAGGACGUCAAUGACAAUGCGCCCGAAUUCGAAACGAACUUGGUACGCAUAUCCGUGCCAGAAAAUGUUGAACUCGACACUCCACUUUAUGCGGCGCAUGCACACGACAAAGACUCUGGAAAAAGUAGUGAGAUCACUUACAUGCUACAUUUGCUCUCCACCGAUUACCACUAUUCAGUACAACAGCAACAACAAUACUUUAGCAACGCAAGUACCGUAGCACAAAUUCUGUCGCCUCGGCCAACUCUAAACACCUUCACAGGUUCUCCGACAGGGGCGCUAGCAACACGCAAUCGCAUUGCAACCGCAGGAACAUCUGAAUAUGCUGCAGGUUUUCCCUCGCUUUCCAACUCCUUACCGGGUAUGGGAUUAACUUCUACCAUAAGUCGUAGUGCUAUGGAGGAGAAUAAUUUUUUCGCAAUCGAUGCACGCACCGGCCACCUAACAUUGUCACGACACCUUGACUAUGAAACAGCACUGCGGCAUGCAUUGAUUGUGACAGCUACGGAUAGCGGUAAACCGCCCUUAUCGGCGAACCUCACCAUACUCGUGGAGGUUCAGGAUGUUAACGAUAAUCCACCGAUGUUUGAACGCAGGGAAUAUUCAGUGAAGGUGUUGGAGUCAUUGCCUAUUAAUUCUCAG